UUCGACAUCCGUUCAAAGUUUGAAAUGAGUGAUGUGAUUGUGGAAAAAAAGUGUUAGUCUGAAAAUUCUCGCUAAACUCACGUAUUCUUUUUUCGUUCGAAUUUCUUCGCAGCCUCUAUCGUAUAUUCAAUCAUUUCUGGUUUCACAGCUCACGUUUCCUAAUGAAAUAAUUAAUACAAUUUUAUAUGGUAAUUUGUAGCGAAAUAUUGAACGAAUGCAUUGAUUGCAUUGUUUAGUUAGAGUUUCACCGUUUAGAAGAACAAACAUGAAGUUCCUGUUUAAAGUUAAACAGCGAUAUGUCGUCGUUGUGAUGGUAUUCUUUGUAAUGGCAACUGUGUUUGCCCUACGAAUGAGUUUUCCCAUCGUUCUCACUCAAAUGGUUUAUGUGCCGAAUAUCGUUUCAAAUACAGAAACAAACCAAUCAACAAAUACGGAAUUAAUUUGCCGGAUUGAGCAUCAUAUGAUUGAAAAUGGCACCAGUCACGAGUCAAAUUCAAGUCAAUCAGUUCCGAUUCCCGACAGUGAUCGUUAUUACUGGUCGCAGAAAUUGCAAGGAAUGAUGUUAUCAUCAUUUUAUUGGGGCACCAUUCUUUCUGAAAUCCCCGGUGCUAUAAUAGUUCAACGAGUGGGAUCGAAACUUACGCUCUUGAUUUCAAUUGCAUUAUCAGCAUUAGUUACAGUAUUAACACCCUCAGCGGUUCAAUAUGGUGAUUCCAAUGGAUUGAUUGCAACUCGUGUGAUUCUGGGCUUUGUUCAAGGGCCAACAUUUCCAUGCCUUGCAGCAUUCGUUGUCCCAUGGUAUCCCAUCGAACAGCGUGGGAGAUUAUUGUCAAUUGGUUACAUUGGCAUUUCGGCCGGUGGAGCUUUCUCUACUUUUAUUUCCGGGCUAUUGAUGCAUCAUCUGGAACGAUGGGAUGUUGUCUUCUAUUUUUUUUCCGCUAUUCUGGUGCUUCUAGGGAUUUCAUUUGCAUUCAUCUGUUACGAACUUCCAAAAGACAACCCAUUCAUAUGUGACGAUGAAAAAGAAUAUUUACAGCAAAAAAUCGACGAUUACGAGAAUGAACGAAAAGAGUUGCCGUCCACACCAUGGUUAUCCAUUCUUAAAAGUUCUCCAGUCUUGGCACUUAUUCUAUCUACCGCUUUGUACUCAUGGUCAUUCUACAUUAUAAACACAGACCUACCGAAAUAUUUGAAUGACGUACUUCAUGUGUCUAUUGAAAACAAUGCAGUGUAUUCAUCGGUGCCGAAGAUUUUAAGCAUACUUGUAUCUACCGGUUCCGGUUUUCUCAGCGAUCUAAUGAUGUCAAUGUGGCACGUUAAACGUACUAGAGUUCAAAAAAUUUUCGUUGUAUUGACUUCAGUUGUACCUGCAACGUUUUUGAUGUUUGCCUCUUAUGCCGGCUGUCAUGAAAUACUCGCUGUAAUUCUAUUAUCCGUUUCAAUUGCCGCACAUGGAUUCAAUUCAGCCGGCGCCGCCAUAAAUCUUUUUGAUUUAAGUCCAAACUACGUGGCACCACUAAACGCUGUAAUCAAUAGUCUGGCUACGGUUGUCGGCAUGUCUGCUCCUUACAUCGCCGGACUUCUAACACCGAACGCUUUGUUAUCCGAAUGGCGUAUGGUGUUUUGGAUUACUUUCGCGCUACAUUCAUCGGAGUCGAUUAUUUUUACUAUUUGGGGGUCUGGAGAAGUGCAAUUGUUCAAUUCACCGAAAUUCAAUCCAAAAUAAUAACAUUUGUAAAUGGGUUCAUGUGUGGUUAUGUUAUUUCACAACACAACUACACAUCUAUGGAACUAUGGAUUGAGUGAUUUUGGCUGAAAGAAAGAAAGAAACUAAGCUAUUCGGAAAGGUUUUUUUAUAUCAUUGUGUGGUUUAUUAGAUCAAAUUUUAUUCGUUUAAAUAAGGUCAUCUUCCAUUGGACGUUGUGAAUGUAAUCGUAUACAAGAAUAAAAUAUUUUACACAAACGCUUU